AGGUGGCGGUAUGCAUCUCCAAAGUUUGCAAUCAACCAAAAAGCAGGAGAAGGAGAAGAAGAUCCUCCCCCUCACCACUCGAGUUUCUACACGUUUUGUGUGGUUAGUAGCGAAUUGCAACAGCAUGGCUGUGUUCAUGGAUCUGAAUGUGUUAUUUUGUGCAGACAGAAACCGUAUGAAGAGCCUCAUUGAGACAGCCGCUCACUUGGGAUUCUCCACUGUUGCCAUCAAUUAUGUAUUCGAACCCAAAGCCAAGAAACAGGAAGUUCCCUCCCCAAUGCCGAUCAGUGAACUGAUUGGAAAGCUGCCUAUGGUGCAGGGUCACUCUUGUCCAAUCAGAGUGCUUAAUAGGCUAACGGUGGUGAUGUCGGAGGCCAGUCACUUUAGGCCCAAUGCUUCAGAGUAUCGUCCCUUCGACCUCCUGGCUGUUCAACCUACCACAGAGAAACUCUUCCAUGCAGCCUGCAUGCUGUGUGACGUUGACAUCAUCUGCAUCUUGGUGACAGAGAGACUUCCAUUCUUCUUCAAGAGAGCACCCAUCAAUGGGUCCAUUGACAGAGGUGUGGUGUUUGAGGUGUCAUAUGCUUCAGCACUAAGAGACAUCACCAUGAGACGUUAUACCAUUACCAACGCUGUUUGUUUGAUGGAGAGUUGCAAAGGAAAGAAUGUCAUCCUUUCAAGUGCAGCUGAGAAGGCGUUGGAACUUAGAGGACCAUAUGACAUCGUCAACCUUGGGUUGCUGUUUGGUCUGUCAGAUACUGACUCUAAAGAGGCAGUCACUUCCACCUGCAGAGCCGUUUUAUUGCAUGCAGAAGCCAGGAAGACAGCUAGUGGCAUUGUAUACACCAUGAAGAGUCAGCAGGAGGUACUGCGGGACACUGCAGACAGUAAGUUAAAUCUAUAUUAAUGAAUAAGAUAGGAAGCAACAUCAACUGUGAGCUGCAAAACUUUGAUUUAGUAGAACCUCAGAUGUUCAUAAGGUCAACAGUGUUAACCUCUAGAAAUUUGGCCUGGGAGGGGGGUGGUGAUGAACAUUAACACAGUGCUGCUUGUUUUUAGGGGAGUUGCAAGGAUUUUCCACUGCACCUGUCUUGGAGCAGUUCAGUGCAUCAGCUCAGUGUCACAUAGAAAACAGUUCAAUGUGAAGACUUCUUUUUGCCGAGCAGUUAAUAGUAUGACGCCUACGUACAUGCUCGUAAAAGACAGAAAUAGAUCAGGAUAUGAUCUGCCGCUAUUUGGAAAGGCAAAUUUUAGAACUGUAAGGGAAAUUUAAAUGUAUAUAGCCAGCUGGAUAACUCAGUUUGUAGGGUAUCCGACUCCCAUGAUCUAGGUUCGUAUCCCGCAUGGGAUAUACAGUCAGGCCCAGAAAUAUUUGGACAGUAACAAGUUUUGUUAUUGUAGCUGUUUAUAAAAACAUAUUCAGGAUACAAUUAUAUAUUUAAUAUGGGCUUAAAGUGCAGACUCUCUGCUGUAAUUUGAGAGUAUUCACAUCCAAGUUGGAGCAAGGGUUUAGGAACAGCCCUUUAAUAUGUAGCCGCCACUUUUUCAAGGGACCAAAAGUAAUUUGGCAAUUGGCUCAGAAGACUGCAAAAUAAAUAACUAGGCUGCAUGGGCUCUUUCUUCAUUAACCUGUGAUCAAUUAAGCAGUUAAAAGGUCAGGAGUUGUAUGCCGUUUGCAUUUGGAAGCUGUUGCUGUGAACACACAACAUGCAGAGUGAAGAACACUCUCCAGGAAGUAGGCAGGGCAGUCAAAAGUUGCCGGUCAACGGCGGCAAAUCGCCGUCUAUAGCAGCUCUUGCCGCCGCCUACAUUUCC